GUCUAUUUAGUCGUUGGUCGUGCGCGCGCCAUGCUGGAUCGACAACGAUCGUUUUUACGUUGCUAUUGCGACCAAAUGUGUCCGUGUUUUCCUCAUCGACGCGUUAAUUAAACAGCCUCCUGGCUCGUGAACGAUCGUUGACAACGCCGGGGGGUUGGGGGGGAAACUCGGUGAGAAAAUCGGAUUAAUCAGACCAUAUAUUCCUCCGUUUUUGCAACUACGUACAGAACAUUGCGACUGUGAUGGAAAUCGUGAGUGUCGUUGAAACUAGCCUCGAUUCGAUGGAAACGUACGUAACUGGUUGUCAAGCGAAAAACCUAGUGUUGUGAAACGAAGACUGUUCUACGAAAUAUCGUCGCAACAAGGAAUUAUUAUACUAAAGUAUACGCGUAUAUAUUAGUAAAAUUUCGGUGCCAGUUGAGUCCAAGGUUUCUGCGUUCAACUGUACUGAAACUGUGAAGAAGUUUGUAUUUAAGCUAUAAUUAAGAUUCGUGGAAUUAAAAAGUCAGCAAUUGGCCCGAACUAAAAUCGGAGAUUGUAAAAUUAUAUUUGAAUCGAAGCUUCUGUUAUCAAGAAGACGGUGAACCAAAGUUGUAGACCUUUAAAAUCGAAGAUUUAAAUUAAAGCGUUUAAAAAGUCGGCGAACCAAAGGCGAGUCGUUCAUCUUAAAAUUGAGGAUUCUGAAAUUAAAUCACAAUCAACGUUUCUGUUAUUGAAAGAUCCGCGGGCCGAAAGAGUUGACCUUAAAACUGAAGGCUCCAUCAAGCAACUAGAGUACAGUUUUCGGAGUUGAGAAACCAGCAGACCGAGGGAGUUGACCGGCGAUACUUGUUAACUCGGUUUCGAAGGCGAACGCGCCGGCUUGAUAAGCGUUAUCUGGCUGCAAUAAUUGCAGGCUGUGUAUUACGGUCGGCCAUUGUCGUCGAACGUGGAGGCUCCGUUGAGGCGAAAGCUGCUGACCGCGUGUGUCAACAGGUGAUACGAUCGCGAGAGACAAAAGGUCGAGAGAGUGGGACAUUAUCAAUCGAACAGCAGUUUGAAUGAAAGGGAAAGAGUGCGUAGCGAGCUCACAUGAAACGAGAGAAUAGAAUCAAAAAGAGGCUGAAUCGAUCGUACAGUGCGUUGUAGCGUUUGGUCACGCGAUAAGGUGAAGCUUCGCGUGCGCCGCGAGAAACUAGAUAGAGUGAUAAGGCCGAAAGAGAGUGGAAAAGGAGUCUGGCGCCUCGUUCCUCGCUAAAGUGACACGUCGCCUUGGCCAAUAAAACGACAGACGGUCUAAACUGAACGGAAUCGGCAGCUGCUCUCCCGGUGUGCGCCUCGUACGUUGGCCCCGUCCGCUUUAAUUUCAGAUCCAGUCAGACCUAGCAUUAAAUCCUCGGGCGAGUAUCCAGUGAAAAAAGUGAUCAGCAGAUAACAAGAAUCUUUUUUUGAGGCCUUUCAAUUGCUUUUCCUCUUUUUUUAUUUCGGCUCGUUUGAGAAAAAGGAAGUUGGUGUUGUUCCUUUUUUUUUUUCUUUUAUCUUGGAUAUACGAGUUAAUAGUGAAACGAAGAUCGAAAAUAUCGUGGACGAUGACUGGACGAAACUGAUCGAAAGGGGAGAAAGAAACAGAGGAUUCGUCAAGAUGAUGAUGGCACCGCAGGUCGUGGGUGUCUUGUUGAAGAAACCGGGACAACAGAACCACCCACGUUUUCCACCGUUGGACCCACAGGAAACGAAAAUCAGAGGCGAACUAUACGUGGAGGACCUAGGUGAGAGGCGGAUCGUAUCCAUCAGAAUGGGAUGGCUUUGGGUCGAGGGUACUCCCAGGCUCCCGUUGAGGGCAUUGAACCUACGACAAGCAGCACCCAGCCUAUGUCAACCACACGCACUGGCUCUUGGAUUCACACUCAGCAACUCGCAGGGUCACACUCUCGCCACUUUUUGGGCGGAUUCAGAACCCGUGUACUGGUCCUGGGUGAGGGCAAUCGCGGCAGAAUUGGUCAGGCAAACACCAUUUCGAGCCCAACGCUGUCUGAACUUCCUGGAGAUCCUGACCAUCUGUCCAAGGGGACCCGUUCCAUUACCCGACAGUCCCACAGAAUCCAGAAGACGCUCCAGAAGCGAGUUACGCUGCUGGACCAGUGACUCUCCCACAGAGAAAGAGCCUAGAACAACCACGACAAUCUUAGAAGAAUCCAGACGAAGAGCGAGAAGCGAGUUACGUGGUUGGUCCAGUAGUAACUCCAGCGACGAAGAUCUGUUAGGCGACUUUCGAAGUAUUCCAACGAUAAUAACAAAGGACCAGCCAAUGACCAGGACCUGGGGCUGCAGCGAAAGCAGCGAGGGAAGUGACGACAGUCUUCCUUGGAGCGGCGUGUGUCGUUCCAGCGUGGAUUCCGUGGACUCGGCAGUGUCUAUUCCUGAACCAGAUACCAGAGAACAAAGGAUCCAAAGGUAUAAAGAAGCCAGAAGACGAGAGAACGAAGCUAGAAGUAGAAGAGUGCUAGAAGAAGAUGCUAGGAGACGAAAAGACAGAGCUGAAGAGAACAACAACGAUAUCCUAAAAACUUAUGGCUCAAAAUCGAGGAGUAGGUUCUACUCUAGCAACGACAAUGACAGCUAUUGUUUAACAUCCAUAAAGAAGGACAACGAUAGUGGCUAUGAAAUUUCUAGACUAAAAAACGAGAAGAACAUCAUUAUCAGAUUGCCUCCUGUGAAGCCUAACGAGUCUUCCUUAGUCAGAUUCGAAGACGAUCAUCGGAAUGAGGAUGAUAAGAGGAACAAUAACAGUCCCAGAAAUGGUAACGCGAGUCCUGGUAUACUUAGAAUGGAUAUGAAUGAGAGAAGAAGUCGUGCAAGAGAGAGGAGAAGCAUCAGAGAGAAGAGCCAAUUGCUUCAAACACAGCAAUUUACUAAUACAACUGUAGAGACUCUUCAGGAACGCAAGGAACGAUUGGCCCAAUUAUCCUCGAGGAUUCCAGUGCCUCGACAAUUGUCGCAGAAUUCGAAACUCGCGGAGAAUUACAAUUCGACGGCUCUGCCUAGGUCGUCGACCUCUCUGUCGGUUCUGACCGAGCCACCUUGCGAGGAAGACGUGGCUAGGCUCUUGGAACGGUGUCAAAGGGUAGACCAUUACGUGCCAGUACGAGAGAAGCUGACUCUGUUCGAAUCUCUGUCUAGGCUAGGUGGUCGACUAGCUAGAAGCACCGAAGAUCUCGGUCGAACGUCUUCGAAACCGAGUCCUAGAGGAAAGCAACGUGCCCGGUCGCUUCACGAUCUCAACAGAGGAGCCAGGGCCGUUCCCGUCAGGGAAAUGUGUCGAUUCUUCGAGGGAGACGUUGAACAGGAUCAGAAUCAGAAGACUCCUCUUGCCAAAACGAGGUUCAGUGACCCUGUGACACCUACUAGGAGUACUACGUGGAAGGAUGCUGCGAGUUCCAAAGGCAACGACACGCCUCACAUAAGAUCUUCCACGAGAAAGAAACAUUAUUUAAAGUAAUGGUUGUGUUCGAGGUUCAUCUUUACAAGUCCUAGAUCCUCCUGCACAAUAACUUACUAACUGAUAAUAUUAAUGACUUGACAAAUUGCAAAUUGUUUUGCUUAUACACUUUUUCUUUACAAUCUUCCUUUGCAAUAUCACGUGAAAUGAUGAAAUGACUUGUGGAUUCGUAAAAUCUAAUUUUCUUUCUUAGCGAACAUAUUGCUGUUACAUAUGUAACUUACGAAGCUCCACUAAUAAUAUUAGUUCAAUUGUUAGAGGAUGGUGUCUUCGAGUUUUCGGUGUCUGAGGCUUUGAUGUGUCUGAGGUUCUGAUGUGUCUCUGCUGAGAAAUUCUAUGUUCGAAAGCAGGCCUUUCAGAGGAACAUACUCUGUCCUAGAUUUGAGCGAUUAGAGUCACAGAGAAAAGCGCCAGAUCUGAUACUUCGAUUUCCGAUUCCGUAGAUUUACUGGUAUUAUAGACCGAAUCGUGAAGUUAGAAAGGAUCGAUAUCGAUCAGUUUAGACGCGAAUCCGCUCGCUUGACUGCGAUGGAUCGUCACACUCGUGUCGAGAGAAAGUCGCUGCCUGGAGCAGCAGGUUUUUUUGCUCUCCAGGAUUUGAACUGUGCUCGAUUCGAGGUUCCGAUCAGACGUUUCCACGCGACACGAGCAUCGACGAUGCCUGGCAAAGUACAGGAAGAAAUACAAGGUUUUUGCGAGCGCGGUUUUGUCAAUUUUUCUUAUUUAUUGUAUUUUCGUUCUGUUUUUUGUACGAGAUUCCCGGGAGCCUAGCGUAGUCCUCGAACGUGAUUCGACGUCACGGAUAAAGAGCGCAUCGAAUCGAAAGAUGAAGAGGAAGAGAAAAAGAGAGGGAAUAGGAGAAACCGGUAAUUUCCAUUCACCAAGCGAUUCUCGCGCACGAAACACCUGCCGAAUGCAAGUCGAAGGCGGUCUUCGAUUUCUCGAUUAACCGACCAAGACUCGUGGAAUCGUUAAUAUCCGGAGAUACGAAUGAGAGACUCAACCAUCCUGAGGAGUUCUACGUAUUUCGUUGAAUGGAAUGAGAGUUUAAGUUCUUAAGAGUUCUUGCGGAAAGUUGCAAUUAUUAAGUUGUAUAAAUAGAUUAACGAAGUUUUUGAAACCGUAAACAGUUAGGGGUCCUUUAAUUUUGUACAUAAAGUAAUUAUAUUCAGGUUGUUCGAAAAAUUCAUAAAAAUGAAAUUUAAGAAUGAUUGGAAAAUGACACAUUUGUAUGGAACUAGAAUGUUAUUGAAUAAUCUAUGCAUUGUUUCUUUUUGUGACAAUAUUCUGCUGUUUAUUAGAUUAUUUUCUCACAGAAUUUUUCAACAAUCAGUUGUUUCAAAUGGUGUUUGAAAGAUUCUAAAUUAUUCUGGUUUUUGCCAUUAAAAGAGAUUUUAUAGAGAUUAGAAUAAAUGUAAAUGAUUCAAAUAUAAUUGGACAUAUUAACUGGAAUUAUCGAUAUUCAAUUAAAAUUAUUACUUUGUUUUAUCAUUUAUUAUUUAUUCUAUUAUCUCACAAAAAUUUCUAACAAAUGAUCAUCUUCCAAUCAUGAAAAGGCUACGAACGUUUCAAACAACCCGAUAUUUCCUUCCACGCGUACCUGAACGAAUAAAAUUCGCAUUUAAUUCACCCGUCGUUUGAUCAGCGAUGGCUGUUGUAAAUAAUUUAUUUAGUUAAAAAUCGGAAGCUGGGAGAACGUAGCCAGCUAUUAGUCGGAUCUCGAACAUCCGUUUCAACGAGUGGCGCGUGAACUAAUAUCGACUUCCGUUUGCUCUUCCCGUCGGGACGAACAUUUCCAUUCUUGUUUCUCUUCUGCUCCUUCUCUCUUUCUCAUUCUUCUUUUUCUCUUUGAGUUCAACUAGGUCAUGCGAACGGCCCCUGAACCGUGUAUCUCGUGACUCUUUUCUUUUGUUCCGCAAAAAAAUAAUCGCAUUAGGAACCAGACGGAAAAAAUAGAAGAAGAACGACUUUUAACGAUGACGAGAUUUUUUUUCUCCAGGCGAUUUCCUUCGCUUGCAACCUAUCGAUUAUCCAUAGCCACGAGAUAUAGAAUUAUCAUCGAGAAAUAGCGCUAACUAUAUAACGAAGUGCCAAAAAAAGGAAAAGUGUUAUGUUGCUUUUGUCGAGAAGAAAUAUGAAAAUGUAUAGAAAAAUAUAAAUAAUUAAAUCUGUAUAUACUUGUUAAUUUUAGAAUUACAGAGAUCGAUAUAAUUUUUUUGUUUCGCGUCUCGGUUAUUUCAGAUCGCAGAAAAGUUACAUUGGAAUUACCUUUUAUGCGAUCUGCAAAGCGAUUAUUUAUUACAUGUGUAUAAGAUAUAUAUAUAUAUUAUUAUUAAGAUAUAGUUAUAUUGAGUUGGUUCUGUGAGAAUCGAUCGACUGAUGUUGGAUACGUUUCGACGAUAGUUUUAUACAGUAAAUUAAUUCUUCUAGGUAAAGUAACCUAAUCAAAGGUCGAAUCCAUUUAUUUUUCGUAUCUUCGUAUACGCGUAUCACAUAGGAAGCCGUAUGUACGAUUGUGUGACAAUGUACGAUAAUUCGAAAAAUUAGUGUGCUUUGUGUAGAAACCUGUAAGCUGAUGGAAGUAUAAUGGAAAUAUGUGCACGACGAUUAACAGCGGGAAGAUUAAUUUAAACGACAGUGAAUUGAUCGAGCCUUGGUGAACUUUCGUAUUACAAAUCUAAUCGAAAUUUUUGGCUAAUCACCCAGUAAAUUUGUCGAGUCGCUCAUUAAAAAACGCAACUU